CAACAAUCAGUCAUCAUCCAGUCCCAUUCGCUUGCAGAGACGUCCAGCCAUUCCUUCCGAUCAUGGCAACGAAAGAACACUGCCUCUACGCCUUCGACGUCCUCUCCGCCCACUUUGAACGUCGGAAGCCUUUGCCCUUUCCCGGGGAGAACAUCAUGACGGAUGGGAUUUUUGUGAGCUACAACACGUUGAAGAAUGGGAGUACGAGACUGAGGGGGUGCAUUGGGACUUUUGAGAGGAUUGCGGUGAGGCAGGGGAUUGAUGGAUAUGCCUUGACGUCGGCUUUGGACGAUAACCGCUUCUCGCCUAUCACGAAACGGGAGCUACCAACUCUCGAAUGCGGCGUCUCCAUCCUAACAGAUUUCGAACCCACAUCCAACCCCUUCGAUUGGGAACUAGGCACCCACGGAAUCCGAAUCACAUUCUACUACGCCGGGCGUAAACGUACCGCUACAUUCCUUCCUGACGUCGCUGUCGAGCAGGAGUGGGAUCAAACCGAGACACUCGAACAUCUCCUACGUAAGGGUGGAUGGGACGGCAUUCCCGAGAGUUGGAAUGAUGAGGCACAAUGGGAUGGAGAGGGAAGGACUGGGAAAGGGUUGAGGUUGAAGGUUGUGAGGUAUAGGGGCACGAAGAGUAAGGCUACGUAUGAGGAGUAUUUGGAGUGGACUGAGGGGGCGAGGGUUAAUUAG